AUGCCGGCUUCCACAGCGGCUGCGGCGCUCGCGGCGGUGAGGGCGGCUCGGGAAUCUUCCGGCGGAGCCAGCGACGGCAAAGGCAACGAGUUCUGCUCAUCCGAGGUGAUUAUCAACGGGAAACGCGGCGGCGCCGGCCGUGGCGGGAGAAUCCGCGCCGUGGAUCUAUUCGCGAGGCAGGCAGUCGAGGAAUCGACGGCCACUAAGCACGACUCCGCAUCCGCAGGUUUCGUGGACCAAUCGACGGCCUCUACUGGUAGUAAAAGUAAGCUUACCACUAAAGCGGGUGCUAGAGGAAGCGUUAAAAGCGGGUCCCUUCGAGGGUCGUAUCGGGGUGGUGGCGCUGGCAGGUCGAAGCCCAAGUCCUUAAAGGAGUACGAGGCGCAGCUGCUACUGCUGGCGGAGCGCCUUCGGCUGGAUGAUAGCCCCGAGGACGAGCAGGCGGCGGCGGCCGCCGCGGCGCGGCUGCUGCUGGCGGCGGGGAGAAUGGGAGAUCCCGAGGCGAAGCUUCGACUUGCCGCUGCUGUGCUGGCCAGUCCCACUCCUGACGGUGUGUCCGUCGCGGAGACUGUGGCUGGGUCUGUGGGGGAUGAUGAGGAGAGGGAGGCGGUAGAGGAGGACGAGGAGGAAACGGAGGGAGGAGAUGAGGAAGAGGAGGGGGAAGAAGGGGAGGAUGAGGAGGAGGACAAGGAGAAGGAGAUGAAGGAGCCGAUCGGAGUCCCAAUAUUUGGCAACUUUGAGGAAGCAGAUGGGUUCUCGGCGGACUUCAAUCGAGUGAGGGCGAUACGCAACGGCACAGUAACUAUCACCCCACCUGCUAGCAGCCUCGGCAUCACAUCUGCAGCAGAGGGUACCUCUGUUGCUCAUGCUGCUGUGGCGGCGGAAGCGGCUCAGAGGGCGCAUCAGACGCAUCUGGUCAACGCUGCUGCUGCUCUUUCCCGUGCGUUCUCUUCUCUCACUGACCGGCACUCGCAUCAACAUCAGCAUCAGCACCACCGAACACUCGUUGCAUCGUCGUCAACUGAUGCAACUGCCAUUGCUGCUCCUGCUGCAACAGUCUCUCAUGCCUCCCUGACGGGCUCUUCUGCAAAUUCAGCCCACGAUCCUAUUCCCAACAUAGAAACCGCUCUAGCCUCCAUCAUUUCCACUCCUGAAAUUACCCAAAACGAAGCUACCAGCAAGGGGUGCGUUCUGCAUGCAAUCCCGAGCGAAGAGGAGUGUCCGAGCGAGGCAACGAUUGGCAGCAAGAGCAGCAACCCCUUAGAAGGCUCCUCUGAUUCUUCCCGCAACCUCAUUCCCAACAGCAGCAGCAGCAUUUCCAGUGCCGCUACUACCAGAACUAUCACCAGCGGGCCUCUGACCAUGAUCGUGGGGUGCAGAGCUGGGAAGGCCAGCGUAGGUGCGAGCAGCAUUCCCACUGGGGCUCCAGGGCAAGCUUCCAGCCUUGGGCGGUUGAACUGGCUUAGAAACUGGCGUGGAAAUAUGGGGAUCAAGCUCAAGAGCCGGGCCAGUGUGAUCAGCGUUGGUGUGAGUGCAAGGAACAGCAUUGGCGGGAAACCUGGCGUGGGUGCAAGGAGUGGCAGGGUUGCUCCGAGCGCGGUGGAAACGCGGAUUGCUGCUGAGGUGGAGGAGCUGGUUGCUGCUGCUCAGCUGGCGGUGGAAGCAGUUGAAGUGGUUGAGGCAGAGGCAGAGAAAGCUGGGGAGGAGGCCGGCGAGGUGGGAGAUAAGCAGGAAGGAGAGGCAGUUAAGGAGUCACAGGGCCGUGCAAGUGGAGAGGAAGACGGAAGUGAGGAGAAUCCGAAGCAGCUUCUGAGCUUGGAUGAUGAGUUGGUUGUAGCAGCAAGUGCAGAGAACGUUGAAGCAAGUGUUGCAGGUGCAGAAGCUGGGAGUCUGGAGGUUAACGGAGUGGGAGACAUAGCAGGCACAGCAGUAGCCUCAGCAGCAACAGCAGCACCAGCAGCAGAAGCUGAAGCAGAAGCAGAUGAAGUAGUGGAGCAUGUGAAAGAGGACACAAUGGCAGAUGCUGUGGCUGCCGCACAGGCAGCAGAGCUGAAGACAGACAACAAGAUAGGGAGAACCAGCACAGGGUCAGCACCAGGGUCCCCAGUAGCAACAUCUCCCCGCGGGAAGGUAGCUAUGGCAAGGGCUGCUGCACGGGCACUGCUAGCUGCAGCAGGAGCAGCACUGGUUGCAGGCUCAGCAACCAAAGAACGUGUGGGAAGACGAUGGGAGCAGCAGCGUCAUGCCAUAGGGCAUGCUGCAUAUGCUGUGCUGAGAAGGCGGCAGCCGGAGAACUCCAUUGCAAAGGCAGAAGAUCACGGCAAAAGGCUGGGAACAGGAGGUCUUGAGGAGUUGCGGCAGAACGACAAGGUUGUGGAUAGUGGGGCGAACUUUGUCUGA